CAUUAUAGAAAGAGCCCAUACAAUCUCAUUCAACAACCACUUGUUUUUUCUAACUAUUUAGUUGCCUGCUAUUCACUCGAUUAAGGAAUGUACAAAUGUACAGCUAUGUGGGAAGUAUAAAGUCGGUCCACUGCUGCUCCGUGUUUGGCUUUCUCCCAACUUUUACCCACUCUUUCUCCUCGUUGCAACUUCUGGAGGUGUUUCUGCUCGAGAUUAAUGUGCUGCCUAAAAAUAUCUGGGUAUCAAGGCUGAGAGAAUAGUGGUACUAAUUAAUUUCGAGGGAGGUGAGACAUGUUGUUGGGUGAUUUAACAACCUCCAUAAAUUUUUUACCCUCUGUUGGACUCUCAACGCUACAGAUAGAUGUGCACGUUAAUUAAAUAAACUGGAUUAAUUGUUGGGAGGGCGAGAAGAAGGUUGAGCAGGGUAACAACUCUGGUUCAUUACUACAAUUUAACGAUGUGUUAAUAAAUUGGCGAGUGACGUUGAACGAAUCGUUAUGGUUUAACAGUUUGACAACUUAUUUGUGACGACUGCCAUAUAUGGAAUAGAAAGAGCUCACACGACACGGAACGAUGACUUUAAUAAGGACUACCGAAAAUAUAAGCACAAAUACAAGAACAAAUAUUUAUAAUUGAAUUUUUUCUAUCCUCAAUUUGACCCGAGAGAACAAAGUCAAGGAAAUUCGGGUGGACAUGGCAAAUUGUAUAUGAACAUUGUGUGCUUAAUUCCUUCACUAAAUACCAAAGUCACCGUUACAACUUACAACUGGAGAAAGUCACUGCUCAAUUCACGCGGACGGAACAGACGAACAUCAAAAUGUCAAAAAUACCUUAUGAACAGCUGCAAGACUCUCACGCGAGGAUGUAUGGGGACAACACGGCGUCGAGUGGGGUUCUGGACAAUGGGGAGCAACGACCACCCCACCUCUGCACCUGCCAGGGCGACACACCACCUCGCAGACCCUGCGGCACAUGCAACACCUUCCCACCCCCCACCCCCGGCCUCUCCAUCAUCAUCCAAGAUUCUGGUGAACACUGCCACGAUGAUGAGCAACAGUUUAAAACAGACAAGGUAGCGAGGAGAAAACUGUGGAUUGCCAGCGUCUUGUGCGUCGUUUUCAUGGUGGGGGAAGCGGUUGGAGGGAUGCUUGCAGGCAGUUUGGCUGUGGCUACUGACGCUGCACAUUUGCUGACAGACUUUGCCGGAUUUAUGAUAUCAUUGUUCGCUCUUUACAUUAGUGAAAGACCUGCAACGAAAAGACUAAGCUAUGGGUAUCACCGUGCAGAAGUGAUUGGUGCACUAACAUCCGUCCUCUUGAUUUGGGUCGUUACUGGGAUUCUUGUAUACUUGGCUGUUCAGCGUGUAGUUCUACAAGAAUUUGAAAUUGACUCAUCAAUUAUGCUGAUAACUUCCGGAAUUGGUUUGAUUGUCAAUGUCAUAAUGGGUUGCACACUUCAUCAGCACGGUCAUGGUCAUUCUCAUGGCGGGGGCAGUGGCGGUGGGGGGCACACUCAUGGUCAUUCCCAUGGCCCUGCGGUUCUACCUGCAGAUCAAAAGUCUGCGGAAGUGAAGAACAACAGUUACGUUCCUGGGAGUGUAGAGGAUCUUGAACGGGCGGAAGAACAGGCGAGUCAUGCGAGCAGUGGUGAGCAUGACGAGUCUUCCUGCAGCUCAAACUCCACCCAAGUCUCCAUUUCGAAACAGCAGAACAUUAACGUCCGAGCAGCCUAUAUUCACGUGAUCGGAGAUUUCUUACAAAGCGUGGGUGUCUUUGCGGCCGCGUUAACCAUUUACUUCCAGCCAAAGUGGACAAUUAUUGACCCAAUUUGCACAUUUUUGUUUUCAAUUCUGGUCAUGGGGACAACCUUUGCUAUAAUUAAAGACGCGUUAGUUGUUUUGAUGGAAGGAGCUCCAAAAGGCAUUGAUUUUAAUGAAGUAAGGGAAACCUUGUUAAGCGUACGAGGUGUAUGCAAAGUCCACAAUCUUAGGAUAUGGUCGCUAUCAAUGGACAAGAUUGCUGUGUCGGCGCACCUUGCUGUUGAACCUGGAAGUCACAGUGCAAACAGCAUUUUACGCAAAUCAUCUCAACUGGUAAAAACGAAGUAUGGUUUCUGUGAAGUCACGAUCCAAAUUGAAGAUUUCAAUGAAAGCAUGCAAGACUGCCGGAAAUGUCAAGAACCCCGAAAUUGAGAUUACAAUGAAUGUCCAUCCCCUCGGUGCCUCAACAAUAGCAACGUAACGAAAUAAUGAGUUAUAGAUCUUCCAGUCAAUGGAACAGAGAUUAUUAUUGCCAACUCAGUUAGUGCAGAUUCUUUUUUAUCUUUCUCACUCGAGACUUGCUGAAAAUCGGCUACUAUGAAGUUACUACUUAUUUUCUAAAUAUGAACAAUUGUACAGUUCGCCAAAUCUCUAGUAAAGAAAAUAUGUUGGAUAAGCUACGCCCGUCCGGUAUAAAAUUAAGUAAAGCUAUAAUUCUUCCAGGUAUCCUUCUUUAAUGACAUAUCAUGUUAAAAGUAUGUAAUGUCCAGUCAUGAUAGAUACCAGUACUAGUGUAGUCAGGAGGGGGUCAUUCCACGCACACACUCUCUACAUACAAUUAUAAGGUACAUAUCUUAACUAGAUAUCUAGUUUUCACAUCCAAAGUAAGGUUAUUCCAUUCCAUGCGUGUCUGUGAUUUUUACGGAAAUACAUAGUCGUAACUAUUAUAUAUAAGGACCUUUUUGUCAUAUGAAUAAUAUCUACAAGAUAUAAAAAAAUAGACAACAUUUAUAUGUAUGUAGAAAUCCAAAGUUAAAUUAAUGAAUAUGUAGUUGUAGUAGGCAUCAUGACAUGUCAAAAAGUCCAAUAUAUAUUGAACAACUGAUGCAUAAAAACCAGAAUAAACGGAGAUUCUCAAAUUCUUAUACCUCCUCCACUAAAAA